UGAGAUCGAUAGCUGUUAAGAGAGGAGCGGUUCUUUUUAAAUGUGAAAUUUCAAUUUCCAAAACUUUAGCUAUCGUACAAAACUUAUCGUCCGACCGCCACAACCAAAGAAAUCUACAGUCGCAAAUAAUAAAUAAAUAACAAUAACUAUGCCCGCUGAUCAAAUUCAAUACUCCGAGAAGUAUUUUGAUGACAAAUUUGAAUACAGGCACGUUAUUCUGCCGGCCGACUUGGCGAAGCAUGUCCCCAAAUCACACUUAAUGACUGAGACGGAAUGGCGUAACCUUGGCGUUCAGCAGAGUCCGGGUUGGGUGCACUACAUGAUGCAUGCGCCGGAGCCGCAUGUUAUUCUAUUUCGUCGCAAGCAUGUGGAGGAGGAAACUUCUGCAUCGCAACCAGCGGCCACCAACAACGUUAAUAUUUGCGCAUAGUUUGACAACAUGGUUCAAGACGCUGGCAAGAGGCUAGUAGAGAUGGCAGCGGACAGUUUUUAUGUUAGACAGUAUUCAAUAAGAUUGGAGCUUAUCAUCAGUCACCUUGAUGUAAAAUAAGUUUGCAGUAGCUUAAGGACACACUUUGAUACAUUGAUACAAUUAUAGCCAUUAAGUCCCCUGUGGGUGUACACCCAUUUGCAUUUCGAAACAUUUCAACGAAUUUUUCAUUAAGUUUAUUUACCUAAAAUACAAAACGUACGCCAUGUGUACAAGUUACAAGUA